AAUAAAAUCAAGUAAGUCCUAUGAAACCUGUGUCUUUUCUCAGAUAUCAUCUGUUGGAUCAAACUCUAGUAAUCAUGGCUACUUUCAUGGUUGUCAUACAAAUUUUUUAAAGCCCCUUGAAAAUUUUCAAAUUAUUCCUUCACCCUUAAACACAGUCAUGUUCGAAUUUGAAUCCUCACGGACUAUGACAUCUCUUCUUCACCGAAACAAGCAAGAAAUCAGCUGAACUUUGGCCUAUCAUAUCUAACACUACUCCAAUUUCUUCUUCAAGCACUUGGGUUUCAAGAUUUUCUAGUUGAGAUGGAAAGUGUAGCUGAGAAGAGCAAGAAAAAGGAUGGGUGUGUUGGUGGGUCUGUGUCAUUCACAGAUUCGGGUUCGCAGUGCAGAGAAAGCAGUACGAGUUCUAGCAGAUCGAGCUCGGAUACGUCGUCGGACGAGGCCAAGACUGUUACUGACUGUUCUUCUUCGUCGGCUCCGUUGGGUUGGCCGAUUCGGAAAGCCCAGGUGUCCAAGUGCUCGAUUUCUGAUGUCCCUGAUGAUAAACCCAAAACCCAUUUGGAUGUUCUCAAAUUGAAGAAAAUGGAGUCGAGAGUUUCAGAAAUGGAGAUGAUGAAAGAGAGGUUUGCAAAAUUGUUACUUGGUGAAGACAUGUCUGGAAGUGGUAAAGGGGUUUGCACAGCAUUGGCAAUUUCAAACGCCAUUACCAACCUUUGUGCUACGGCAUUUGGGCAAUUGUGGAGACUAGAACCAUUGGCUCCUGAGAAAAAAUUGAUGUGGCAAAGAGAAAUGGAAUGGCUUCUCUGUGUUAGUGAUCAUAUUGUUGAAUUAAUACCUUCUUGGCAAACAUUUCCUGAUGGAAGUAAGCUCGAGGUGAUGAAUUGCAAGCCACGGUCGGAUAUAUUUAUUAACCUCCCGGCUCUCCGUAAACUAGACAAUAUGCUUGUUGAAAUAUUAGAUAGUUUCAGCAAUAAUACAGACUUUUGGUACGUUGAUCAAGGAAUAGUAGCCCCAGAAGCCGAUGGUUCAGCCUCUUUCCGUAAAACCCUUCAACGGCAAGAAGAAAAGUGGUGGCUACCUGUGCCUCGUGUCCCUCCUGGUGGUCUCCCUGAAAAUACAAGGAAAGAUUUGAGUCACAAGCGUGAAUGUGCAAGUCAAAUUUUAAAAGCUGCUAUUGCAAUCAACAACAUUGCUUUGGCUGAAAUGGAAGUUCCUGAAUCAUACAUAGAAGGUCUUCCUAAGAAUGGGAGAGCCUGUCUUGGGGAUUUUAUCUACCGGUAUAUAACAUCAGAACAGUUUUCCUCGGAGUGCUUGCUUGAUUGCCUGGACUUGUCUUCUGAACAUAUUGCCCUAGAGAUUGCCAACCGUGUGGAGACCUCAAUUUACGUGUGGCGUAGAAGAUUUCAUCCAAAGCCCCUACCUAAUCCAAACCGUUCUGCUGCUAAAUCAUCUUGGGAGAUGGUCAAGGUUCUAAUGAUUGAUGGAGAUAAGAGAGAAUUGCUUGCAGAAAGAGCUGAAGGCCUCCUGCUGAGCUUGAAACAGCGCUUUCCUGGUCUGACUCAAACUACUCUGGACACCAGCAAGAUCCACUGCAACAAGGAUGUUGGAAAAUCCAUUUUGGAGAGCUACUCAAGAGUCUUGGAGAGCCUUGCCUUCAAUAUUGUAGCUCGCAUUGAUGAUCUACUCUAUGUGGAUGACUUGACCAGGCAAUCUGAUAAGCUCGAACCAGUUCCUACAGUCAGUGUAAUCUCUCACAAGAAGGUGUCAAUCCCGUAUUCAGUGUCUGUCUCGGGCACUCCAUACAAAACACCAAACUUUUCACCUGCAUCGCUUGUAAGCCCUGCAAGGGGGGAGAGAACUCCAUUUCUCAGAGGCAACAGUAACAAACCGCCUCGUCUUGGCUUUGGAGUGAAAAGAGUCUUGACAAAUUAUCUUGGUGGCGAAACAAAGGCGAAGAACUGUGGCAAUUCACUAGAAGGGUCACGCUCUAUCUCAAACAGAAAUGCAGAACAGCCAGCAUGUCAAACUGGCAUGGGAGGCACAGAGCGUAAAAAGGAGUCAUCAGGCAACAAGAAUGAGACUAGGUUACGCCCAAUCAAUCACUGAGUUUUCUCAAGGGGACAGAGAAGGAUUAACCAUUAAAAUAGAUGUCUAAAACAAUUAUCCUAGAAGACUUCUUGAUUGUCAUUGUUAGCAUACAUAUAUUGUUCACUUUUAUUAGUGUCUUAGAUUUCUUCGGCUGCUGGUUUCAUCUGGACAGGAGAAAUAUAUAACAAAU